AUGGCAUCUUAUUCUCUCCGCGUCAAUCUCAACGAUAAGUGGCGAAAGCAAUGGUCUUCAGUCCCAGACGCGAAGCUUUGCUUCGCCAUGGCAGUUUCCAACGGCGGCGAUAAAGUGUAUCAUAACGUGGUGGCUUGUACCAAUGACAUUGAAGCCAGCAUUAAGAUUUCAUGGACCGAUAAAUACCAAAUCGCCGGCAACGUUAAAACAAGCACUUCAACGAUGGAUUCAAACCACACCACCAGCGCAGUAAGGGUCAAAUUUGGCUCAAAAACAAAUAUCGCCAAAGACCAAGCCAACACUAUCUCCACUGGCUUCGGCAGCGAUGCCCCUUCUGAUGGUUUCCUCUUCACCAACGAAGUCGAGUGCUCUGCUCUUCUCCUCUGUGAGAUAGACGGAAAAUUUGUGCCUGUCUAUACCAGCCAUGCAGGCAACUUAUCACCGGGUUCUUCUGAAGUAAUCAUUCCAAAGAAUAAGGUCUACGUGUGGUUCUCGGACGAUGCUAAGUCUUCGACUAUGACCGAAACGAUGGGAUCGGCGAAAGAGGUUGAGAUUGAUGGCCCUGGUGACAGGACUGUUACUUUUGAUGAAGCGGGUAACUGGACAGUUGUCUGA